AAACCGGUGAGGUGCGUACACUUCACAGCUAGCUGGCGCUGCGGGUACGAUCGGAAAAUAAGGGCUCAAAUUUAACGGCAUUGGCACGCCGAUUUUAAUAAACCUCACCGCCUCCCAUGGGAUUUAAUACUCAUCCUCGAGCUCGGAUUAGUUCUUUUUUUGGCGAGUUUGAACGAGCGCUCUCCCCCCAUCCUUUCCUUUUGUUUCCGAUGGGUUUGUUUUCUUAAUUGCUCCGCAAGAUUUCUUGCACAGAAACCCUAAACCCCUCUCUCUUCCGGUCUCCCGGACUCCGAUGUUGCCAUUAAUGGCGGAGGACGCCGAGGAGAGGACGAGCAAGAGGAGGAAGAGGAUGGACGACCGAAGAAAGCUUCUCACCGGCGAGAAGGUCGAGGUUUUGUAUUUCGAUGAAGGGCUUCUUGGUUCUUGGCACUUGGGUAGGGUCAUUGGUUGUGGUGAUUGCUCCCGUCUUAUUGAAUAUACCAAUCUCUUAAACGAUGAUCAGAGUUCGAAACUCGUGGAAUCGAUUGCAGUAUCAGCUGCUAUAGAAGGUGCAUCAAGGACAGUGCCCAAAUAUUACCGUGGCCAGAUAAGACCUUUGCCACCUCAGUACAAGAUUCGAGGAUCUGAUAUCAUAUAUGGGCUGUGUGUAGAUGCUUUGGUGGAUGAUGCCUGGUGGGAAGGUGUAGUCUUCGAUCAUGAGGCGGGUUCUGAAGAAAGGAGGGUUUUCUUUCCAGAUCAAGGGGACCAACAGAUUAUUUCUGUUGAUCGGCUACGCGUCACCCAGGAGUGGGAUGAAGUUUUUGGGGAAUGGAAGCCUCGUGGCAAAUGGCUGUUGCUUCAGGUUCUCCAGGCCUUUGAAGAGGACGACGGACUUCCUGUUUCAAUCCGGGAGAUAUGGUAUGACUUGAGAGCUACAUGUGGUUUCUUGGAGAAAAUUAAAGGAUGGACUUUUGGAACACAAGAUGUCUGGCACCGCUUGGUGUCUGAGUUAAUACAAGUACUGUGGUCUGUUGUCAGUGGAACAACUGUCUCUGAAAUACUUCCGUCUGACGAGUUAAUCAAUCUUCCCAUUACUUCUAACAAUUCACUGGUGGAUGAUGUUCCUUGUCUUGAACGUACCAAUACCCAGAUGGAUGGCACAGGCAUGAGUGGUUGCUUGGCUGGUAUCAUAAACAGUGUUUCCUCUCUAGAGCCAUGUAUGUCUGCUGAUCUUUUUUGGCUUGGAUAUACUGAAAGGUUAUCUCAAGGGAAGUAUGAUAAUGGAAGUUGUUCUCAAGCAUCCCAAAGAGAUGGGGUCAUGGAAGCUUCGGGUGGAGUGGUUUCUGGAGGAGGCCCUUCUCGAUUAUGUGAUCCAGGUGAAUGGAAUACAAAACCUGAAAGUGGCCCUAAAGCUAUAUCGGACUUCAUCUCAAUAUAUCACACUAAAUCUCUUCCUCCAUAUUUGAGAAAAAGAAUUCAUGUUACACGUCAGCUUGCAAAGGCUCAUCUUCAAGCUGGAGGUUGGCAGUUCAGGGAAAGUUCUCGUGGAAUCAAGUACUAUGUUUCACCCGACGGAACCCGUUAUGGAUCUUUUAUUAGAGCAUGUGAAUCAUGGAAAGCAGCAGAAGAAAAUGCAGAUACUCAGAAAGUCAUGAUCUGUAGUGGUGCCACUGACAUUCCAAUAUGUGAUGAUCAAGGAAAUGGUUCCAAUAGGAACUUCACAUGCACGGACGGUAAAGCGGUGCAUGGAUCAGCCUCAAGAGCUGCUGGAACUUGGAAACUUGUGCAAAUAGAUGCUGAAUAUUGUCCUGAGGUCAUAGCAUUAUAUGCAUCUGGAGUAGAAAGUGGAAUGUCUCGGGUAAGAAGAUCAAGACCAACCAAUCUUAAACAUGAAAAUUUGAGGCUAAAAGUGAAGAAGCAUCUUUUGGCUUUAGGUUGGAAGAUUGAAAUUAAAAGAGAUAAGGUUGUAAGGCUUCGGUUCUCUUCGCCUGAGGGAAAGACCUAUUACUCCCUUUGUCAGGUUUGUUGUGAUUUGCUGAAGGGGAACAAGAAAGCGGGUCAGGAAUGCAGCGCUGAUGAUGAUCUAGAGGGAAACUGCUCGAGUCAAAAAAGAAAUGUAAGUAGUCCUGCAAAGAUUCAUCCUGAACCAAUGUCUUUGGCUGGAGACACUCCAGUGCAUUCUUGGUCAAUCAAAAGGAAAAACCAUCAGAUUGAGCAUUCUACCCACGCUAUUGCACUAUUUGAAGCCACUGAAGGUGUGAGAAAAUGCAAUGCACAAACAGAGGGAUCUAACUUUUCUGAAUUUGUAGACUCUGAUGAGCUUCCAGAUUAUCGCACCAUUGGGGCAUUUUCUUCAGGAGGUUAUAUAAACCACUCAGAAGUUAAUGUUAAUUGUGCUUCUUCGGGGAGAUUAAUGGAAGAUAACAUUAUUGAAGAUCUCAAACCGGAGUAUUUACCAGAGGCAAUGACUGACUAUGACAAAUACAUGGAAUCAUUAAAGCAAAAUGGCAAACAGGAUGUAGAUGUUAAACAGUUGAGAUUAAAUGUCAAAAAACAUCUAUUAUACAGGGGAUGGCACUUUUGGCUUAAAACCAAAAAAACAAAGCAGGAAUUAUGUUAUGACUCACCGGAUGGCAAAUCCUAUCAUUCUCUUGCUACAGCCUGUAAAGCAUAUCUGGAAUCUGAAUGUCUUGAAAAUACUAAUGUGAAUUCUUUUGAAUGCAUGGCAAAGAGCAAAAAAAUUAAGGCCGAUAUGACUCAUUCAGAAUUUGAACAUUCUGUCAUGAAGAAUGAGCAGUGUAGACUUCUCAGUUCUUCCACCGCAAUGGCAAGCAACAGGUCACAGGAAGCUUCCCAGAUAUUGCAUGAGGCUGAAAAAGAUUCUGGAAUUUAUUGUAAUUCAUCAGAAUUUGGAGAACUCGGAUUUGGUAAAUUGCAAUUGAGAGGAGUUAGAAAGAAGAGAAAAAGAAAUUCUUCAUUUUCUUUUGAAGUUUUACAUAAUAGGCUCUUGACUAACCCAUCUAGCCACUCUUCUGAUGGUCAACAGUCUAAGAAAAGAAAGGGACGCCAAUCUUUUGUUAGGCAAGGUCAUAGAUUAGGCAGAAGUUCUUCACCACGUGUGCUACGGUCAAGUGCAAGAUCACGACAGUUGGUGGCAUCAUAUUCCCAUCAGCAAUCUGCUAAAACAGUUUUAUCAUGGCUGAUUGACAAUAAUGUUGUAUUACCAAGGCAGAAAGUAAGUUAUAUGCAUAAAAGAGAUGGUCAUGCUAUGAAAGAAGGCCGGAUAAAUCGAGAUGGAAUAAAGUGCAUGUGUUGUCGUAUGGUGUUUAGUCUUGCUAAGUUUGAGGCUCAUGCUGGCAGCAGCACUCAACGGCCAUCUGCCAAUAUACUUUUGCAAGAUGGAAGGUCCUUGUUACAGUGUCAAAUGCAGAUGAUGCAUGAUAAUAAGACUAAAGAUUUUCCACAUGUAAGACUGAAGGGUGAUUAUUCUCACUACCAGAGUGACACAAUAUGCUCUGUCUGUCAAGAUGGGGGCACGUUAAUGCUAUGUGACCAUUGUCCAUCAUCAUUUCAUCCAAGCUGUGUUGGUUUAAAGGAUAUCCCAGAAGGAAAAUGGUUUUGUCCAUCCUGUAGAUGUGCCAUAUGUGGCCUAAGUGAGUACAAUUGUGACAUGGAGAAAUUUACAGAGAAAACAAUGUUGUACUGUGAUCAGUGUGAGCAAGAAUAUCAUGUGGGCUGCUUGAGAGAAAAGCGAUUGCAGCAUCUAAGUCAUUGUCCAGCUGGGAAUUGGUUUUGCAGCAAGAAAUGCUCAAAGAUUUUCUAUCAUCUUCACAAAUUUCUUGGGAAAUCUCACCUAACAUCUGUUGAAGGUUUAUCGUGGACACUUUUGAGAUGCUGUAGAGAAAAUGGUGGUGACCUUGAAAAAUUUGAUCUUGAGACAAUGGCUGAGCAUCAUAGCAAGUUGUGUAUUGCACUUGAUGUUCUGCAUGAAUGUUUUGUUACUAUGAUUGAACCUCGCACCAAGAAUGAUGUUGUUGCUGAUCUUGUUUUCAAUAAAGAGUCAGAACUUAACCGACUGAACUUUUGGGGAUUUUACACUAUGCUCCUGGAGAGGGGAGAUGAGCUGAUUUCAGUGGCUACAUUCAGGGUCUACGGUGAAAAGGUUGCAGAAAUGCCUUUAGUUGGUACUCGAAUUCAAUAUCGACGGCAGGGAAUGUGCCGCCUGCUAAUGAAUGAACUAGAGAAGUUGCUUUCUUCAUUAGGAGUACAAAAACUACUCUUACCGGCAGUUCCUCAGCUUUUUGAAACAUGGACAACUUCCUUUGGGUUUACUAAGAUGACCAGUUCUGACAGAUUAGACUUAUCAGAGUACACCCUUCUCAGUUUUCAAGAUACUACAAUGUGCCAAAAGCUAUUAAGGAGAACUGCAGUUUUGAAAGAACCAAGAGGAAAUCAUAAUCAAUUGGCAGAUAUAUCCUGCAAAAGUGAAGAGCAAGUAGAUUGUGACAAUUACAGCAUUACUUCUGAGGUUGCAGAGAUGGUGGAGCCAAUCCAUAAAUCACCAUCACUUGAUGCGGGUCUAUGUGCUUUGCCAACUGGAGAUACCAGGGAGAUCACUUAUCAAAUGGAUGCUGCAAAUUGUCUUCCAAUCAGUAGCUGUAAAGAUACAUUAGUUGAGACACUCCGAGAUGAAACAAAUGAGCAGACAACAGCAAGUGUUGUUGCAGGCAAGUGCGAAGACAACUGUGUUUUAGUCAGAACGUCUCCAUCAACUAUAAUGGAGAAACCAGUUACUGACGUCAAAUACAAGUUUUCAGGAAAAUGCUAUGAGCGCAAUGGCAAGACUGGUGCCAGCAGAGUGCCCUUGGUUAGCAGUAUUGAUGUCAGAAACACGUGCAACUUCAAGUUCAUCUACCAGCGGAGGACAUUGACGACAUAGCAAACUAAUUUCAAUCCUCUUUUGUCAUGCUCUUUAGUGGAAUUCCCUUCAUUCUGUAUGGCGGCAUGUAUAGUUCUCUGUUAGUUUUCUUUUUGCAAACUUGGUGGGUUGCUGAUGAAGCUUUGUGGGAAAGCUGAGGUUUUUAUACAAUAUUAGGGGGUUCCACUAAGAUUUUGACUGCAAUAUUAGGGGGUUCCACUAAGAUUUUGACUGGCUACUAUGAUAUUUAUAUUGAUGCAUCACAUAUGCUCUGUUCAUUA